AGCCGGUUGCUGGGGGAGUGAGGAAGAAAGGGAGGGACCCGAACACGGAAGUGGUGGCAGCGCCGGCGAAGCAGGUGGAGGCGGUGACUGCGACGUCUGAGAUGAGAACCCCGCACCGAAGGGUGGGGGCUUGCAGACGGGCAUCCGCCUUAGAGGACCUACAUGAGGUGCCGGAGUGGUUGGGUCUCCCUUCUCCAGCUUAGCGAGCACCCAGAGUGAUGGCGGUGGUGAUGGCGGCAGUCACUCGGACAGCCCCAGUUAAACUGCGCUCCGAGAGAUAUAUCCAGAAAGUGCCCAGAAGAAACAUUCUACCGGAAAAACUGAAAGAGCAGUAUUUAUAACACUGGAAUUUGUGGACAGUUUGUUAAAAUGGCAGAAAAUAGUGAAAGUAAUAGUAAAAAUGUAGAUGUAAGGCCCAAAACUAGUCGGAGUCGAAGUGCUGACAGAAAGGAUGGUUAUGUAUGGAGUGGAAAGAAGUUAUCUUGGUCAAAAAAGAGUGAAAGUUGUUCAGAUGCUGAAACAGUGAGUGCUGUAGAGAAAACUGAAGUUCCUUUAAGGAGCCAAGAAAGGAAGCACAGCUGUUCAUCUAUCGAGUUGGAUUUAGAUCAUUCCUGUGGGCAUAGAUUUUUAGGCCGAUCUCUUAAACAGAAACUGCAAGAUGCUGUGGGGCAGUGUUUUCCAAUAAAGAAUUGUAGUAGUCGGCACUCUUCAGGGCUUCCGUCUAAAAGAAAAAUUCAUAUCAGUGAACUCAUGUUAGAUAAGUGUCCUUUCCCACCUCGAUCAGAUUUAGCCUUUAGGUGGCAUUUUAUUAAACGACACACUGCUCCUAUAAGUCCCAAAUCAGAUGAAUGGGUAAGCACAGACUUGUCUCAGACUGAAUUGAGGGAUGGUCAACUAAAACAACGAAGAAACAUGGAAGAGGUCAACUGCUUCUCACAUACCAGUGUUCAGCCCUGUGUCGUAACCAAUAACGAUUCUUCAGGUAGAGGUGGUUCUGGGACUGGCUCUAUAAUGAACCUGGCUUCAAAUAACAGUAUAGAAGAUAGUGAUAUGGAUUCAGAUGAUGAAAUUAUAACACUUUGCACAAGUUCCAGGAAAAGAAACAAACCCAAAUGGGAAAUUGAUGAAGAAAUCCUGCAACUGGAAACACCUCCUAAGUACCAUACCCAGAUUGAUUAUGUCCACUGUCUUGUACCAGACCUCCUUCAGAUCAAUAAUAAUCCAUGUUACUGGGGCGUUAUGGAUAAAUAUGCAGCUGAAGCUCUACUAGACGGAAAACCAGAGGGUACCUUUUUACUGCGAGAUUCAGCACAGGAAGACUAUUUAUUCUCCGUUAGUUUUAGACGCUAUAGUCGUUCUCUUCAUGCUAGAAUUGAACAGUGGAAUCACAACUUUAGCUUUGAUGCACAUGAUCCUUGUGUCUUCCAUUCUCCUGACAUUACUGGGCUCCUAGAGCAUUAUAAGGACCCGAGUGCCUGUAUGUUCUUCGAACCACUUUUAUCCACUCCUUUAAUUCGGACUUUCCCCUUUCCCCUGCAGCAUAUAUGCAGAACAGUUAUUUGUAACUGUACAACUUAUGAUGGCAUUGAUGCCCUUCCAAUUCCUUCUUCCAUGAAAUUAUAUCUGAAAGAAUAUCACUAUAAAUCAAAAGUUAGAGUACUCAGGAUUGAUGCACCAGAACAACAAUGCUAGGAAAAGGGUAGGAACACGGGAGUGAUUAUAUACAUAUUUUCAUUUAAUAUUUUAUUUUUCUUAUUAUGCCACUUUGAAUUUUUCUACAGGGGCAGUUGAAGUCCAAAAUAAACUUAUGCCCUAAAUUUUACUUCCAGAUCAGUUUAUUUUUCUUAGGAUACAAUAAUUGUUUAACAAUAAUAAUUGUUUAAUAAUUGUUACACACUAGGAGUUAAUGGAUAUUUUUGACUAGGUGUUUGGUUUUUGUUUUCACUAUGUAGAUUGUAUACUUAAUUUUUUUCUUUUCUUAACUGUAAUUUGCAUAUGAUCCAGGGAUAUUUGAAGUUGGGUAGGCAUUGCAAACACAGUUAAAUAAUCUGUAUUUCAUACUGUUCUUUAAAAAUAAUCCUGUCCUUUCUUACAUAUAAAAUGCUUUGUUAUCCUAUGCCAUUGGCAUUCCUAUACAUAAGAUAUAGUUUCCCCAUCAUCCUUUUCAGUUGUUUUAAAAGUCUUCAGUAAAGCUGAGUGUGUUGUAAUUUACAGUCCAUACUAAUGUAAUUGACUUUUAUAAUUUACUAAUAGGGAUGUUAAAGGUUAGCAAAAUGGCCUAAAAUCAAACUUCAUGUGUUUUCAUUUUAAAUAUUAACUGUAAAGCAGAAUUACUAAAUUUGAUUAAUCAGGUCAGUAAGAAUCAAAUGAGGACAUGAUAUUUUGGGGGUGAAUUUAUUCUUCUAUAAUGUGGCAUGGUCAUUUAUUAUUCCUUGAGUAGAUCUUUCUCUCACACUUGGAAGAGUUACCAUCUUCAGAACAUAAGUAUUGUUCCUUUCUCACUGGAAGCUUUAAAAAUAAUGAUAACACUAUUAGUAACUAGUAGCUACUAAAGUAAUAACGCAACUGAGGUUUUUCUGUAUUUACUUAUGAACUGUUGCUUCUGCUUAGCUCUUUUUUAGAAACUCUGAGCCUGUUAGUUUGGAGAGAUGCCACAGUUUAUAAACAGCCACAAAUUUCCAUUGGUAACCAAAGAGACCUAGGUAGUUUUUCAUUAUUUUAAAUUGAGCUUGAAUAAAGAUUCAAGAAGUAAACAUGGAGCCCAGUAUUCAGGGAGCUUAAUAUUGGUUUUGAUCUUCAGGUUUCAGAUAAUUAUUACUAUUUUCAGAACUAGCAUGUCUUCAGUAUGGCUUCAAAAAAAUGGAAACAUUUUGAGAGCUACGUGGCUUAUGCCAUACUGAACAAUACUGGGCACCAGGCGUAAUAUUUUGAAUUUAACAUCCCCAGAACAGGGAAGUAUUUUUAGAAAUGUUAUAAGAUAGAUGGUAUGAUAGCAUACUCUUCUUUCUUAAAGAAUCAGUGAAUAAUAAAUUUCCUAGACAGUUAUUCCUUCUGGUGAGUUGUUUACCCCUUUGUACAAGUUGGCAUUUUUAAUAUCAUAGUAAUUGAUUUCUUGAUGGUAGUUUAGCUCUAGUAGGAAGCUGCUUCUACCUGGAUUGAAAGAAAUUUGACUCAGAUUUCCACGUUAGAAUAGAUGUUUCUUAAGUAUCAUUGCUUUUAUGUUGAAGUAGCAUUUCCCUUUCCUGCAGUUCUGCUGAUAACAUAAAGAUGGCAUUUAAAAAUAAUUGCUUUAAAAUAAAUUUUUAGCAAUUAUCACAAAAUUAAACAAGAAAAUCUGUUACCAUUGUCUUCUAGCAUAUUUUUUCUCAGUGAUCUCAAGAUUGUCUUGGUUCCAGUGAGGGUUAGCUACUAAAAUGGCACCUCUCUUAGCAGUGAUGAGGCUCAGGAUAUCAACACCAAUGUCAGGAUAAAUAUCUCUUCUAAAGAUGAUAUUUCCCUUUUACAAAAGUGGGACAGUCUCAUACUACCUCAUCUUUAUUGUGGCGCUUUUGUAGAUCACUGAGAAGCUUAUCUUAUUUACCAAUAUAGCACUUCCUAAAUGUCCAUCUUUGGUGAAAGAAAAUUAAUAGUAUGGUAAGACUCUACCCAUAAUUAUAGUUUUUUAUCAGAAUUUGAUAUUGAGACUUUCUGUUUCUAUGAAACAAUAUUGUUUUAAAUAUUUUUCUUUUAAAAAUAACUUUUUAUCAAUACAGAAAAACCUAAGGAAUGA